CGCGGCGCUGACUCCGCCCACCACAAGCAAGCGGCCGCCUGACGUCCGUUCUAAAAGCUCCAGUCCCAGCGAGCCGAGCCGGUCAACGUCGCGGCAAAAAAGGGUCCUUGGCCCGGAGACAAAAUCAACAUUUUUACCGUUCUUAGGACCGGAGUGUCGUCCCUUCCGGGUCUGUGCGCGGCACCGCGGUCAGCCGACGUCCACGCGAGUUAGUUUGAGCGGGAAGUCUACCGGAAGUGAGGGUCUUGUUUUCAUCUUUCCUGCCCGGUCCGGGCGGAACCAAUGAGGCGGCAGAAGCUCGGUCACGUGAGGGGGGCUGACGCCUGUUCACUUCCGCUGAGCGCAGGUCGAUGACGUCACAUGUCCAAACACGGGAAAACUUUAAUCAUCGCCGAAGAUGAAGAGGAGAUGAACCCUUUUUCCUUCAAAGAGUUCCUCCGCUCUAAAGACCUGGACCGAGACCUGGACCUGGACCCGGACCCGGACCCGGACCCGGACCCGGACCCGGACCAGGACCAGGACCGAGACCAGGAGCUCGACGAGGAUGAGGCGGCGUGGGAGCUGGAAAAAGAAGAGGGUGGGCGGAGCUUUCAGUCUGACGUCAGUAGCUCCUCCCACUGCGACGAGGAGGAGCAUGACGAGCGGGCUAGCAGGUGUGAAGGCGGCGUCCACUAUGAGGGCGAUGACGAAAUGUCCAUCUUACAACCAAACACUUCCAGCAGGGGGCGCAUUCGACAGCUGCAGCAGGAGAACCUCCUGCUGAGGAGGACCGUGGCGGACCUCCAGAGGGCGUCGCGGGCACAGCAGCAGAGGGUGGAGGCGCUGGGGGAGGAGCUACGGCGGCGGCGCUGUCGGGAGCAGCAGGAGGCCCUCGACAUGGAGACCAUGGUCCAGUCCGUGGAGCAGAACCUGGACUUGAUGACGAAACGAGCACUGAGAGCCGAGGGCAGCGUCUCCACGAUGAGGGCGGAGCUAGAGCUGCUGCAGGCCCAGGUUGAACGUCUGCGCUCGGAAAACGACAGCCUCAAGUCGGCCGAGUCCGACGUCGUCAUGGCGAUGAAGCGCAACGCUCAAGCCGCGUCCGACUACCUGGACAAGACAGCAAGCCACGCCCACUCCUCCGUCUGUCAGCUGCUGGAGGGGGCGGAGUCUCUGCGCCUGGUCUCCCAGCUGCUGCGCUCCAUGGACAAAGUGUCGGACGUGACGUCGGAGUCGUGAGGCCGCAAUAAAUCCUUUUUUUUUGUCUCA